AUGUCUACUCCAAUGUCUCUAUAUCCCACCGACCGUCAACCCAACAAACCUACCAUGAAUCGCGAACGGACCAUCGAUGCCGGGUUCAUAUAUGGACAGUGGGAGGCACAAAUAAAAGAAUGCGGCGAGCUUCUACACGAUAAACCCGGCACGGAUUCUCUUCGCCUUAUCAUAGUGGUAGUAAAUGAUGGAAUGGAGGAGAAGUUCGUGGCCACACUCGUCGACAAAAGCGAAUCCGAUAAGAACGAUCCCAAUGACCCCAAUCCCAAGAAAUUCGGGACCAGCAUCACCGAAGCGGGAGCGCCAGAAGGGUCAGACAUGGACGCGGUGGAAAGCCUAUUGGGUUUACUUCAAUACAAAGUUGGGAAGAGAUUUCAAGGCAAGAUCCCAAGGGAUCCCGAAUUAGCAACGGUUGCGGAAAAAUCGCUGGGGGGAACACCAUCGGCAAGAUCGGUUACGGGGCAGCGCAGAGCGCAUGGAGGGAUAACGAUUGGGCUGUCCUUCGAUAAUGUACCGAAGAUAUAA